GUAAACACAGGAAGCUACUGACAAAUGGGUGGUUCCAUAGAAUGACCUCAGGCGUCGCAGAAAUUAUUUAAGUUUUGUUGGACAUAAAAUAUUCAACAAGUGUGCCAAUUUUUAUAGUUCUAUAACAAAUCGAACAAUUUCCAGGCUUAUUUGCUGAACUAUUGGGAGACUGUCAGCUUUUCAUUUAUAAAAAUGACCGGACAUCUAUCUAUGAUCCGCUUUGGUGCACAAGAAGUAAAUAUCAAUAUUUCCAAGCUAUGUAUUAUUUACAACAGCAUGAAAACUGAUUGUCUCCCAGCUGAUGAACAGCUCUUUUCUUAUUAUUGUUUCAAGGUAACAUAAAAAAAGAUUAUAUUUGUUAUGGCUGUUCUUUUCACUAAUGUAUUAUGUAAUUGUGUACAUUCAGAUGAGCCAUUGAUUGGUAAAUUCUUGUGAAUUCCCACUCUGUGCUUGGAGUCCACCCCUCUUUCAUCAAAUUGACAUGACCUAUUGCUUUUGACAUCCAUAACACGUUACGUUGCGCUGUGGGCUAUGAGAUCUCUUCAGGUAUAAAUACAGGGAUAACUCUUGCCAAGACACACAACUUCUGCCCUUUAACACUUAUAACAGAUAUCUACUGAAGUAGGGACAAUCCCCUCCAUCGCAAUGAAAGGUGUGACAACUAUUACAGCAUAUGCACUUGCAGUUUUACUUCUGGCAACGUUUGUCUCCCAUUCAUGGAGCGCACCAAAGGGCAGUUUCCAGAGAAGAAAUUGGUCACCUCAAGCAAUGCUGUACCUCAAAGGCACACAGGGACGGCGGUUUAUCAGCGAAGACCGAAAAGAGGGAGAUGUAUAUGACACAUUGCAUUUAGAGACUCGCAGUCAAAACACAGAGAAACUUAGUGUAAACCAGGCAGCCACAAUCCUGCUCAACUUCCUUCAGCAAGCCAAGGAGGAUGGUGAAGAAGGUCCUGAACAACUGUAUUUUCAAGACUUGCCAACAUGGAAAAGAGAGUACUUCCGAUGAACAAUAAUGUAUUUAUUGUUGUUG